GAAGGCCAACAGAGGCAACACCAUUGUUGAAUUUCACUCGGUUUUUGGGAUGAACGGUAUAGGAUGGUGAGCAAUGGACGAGCUGCUGAAGAUUCGCUUGAUGCGUCGGUGAUCAACCGCUUUCAGGCGGGGUUGCUGGGCAAUUCUUUCGUCAGAGCUGAACCUGAUCAAGCAGCAGUCUCAAUCAGCCAACGGGAUACACAGGUCAUAGAUGGUUCGUAUCAUGACGAUACGUUGCCCACACGAUCCAACAUUUCUGGAGACGGGAACCCGGAUCAACAGAUUUCCCUGAACCUAGAAUUCUCCCAAUCACAAUUGGAGCAUACACAAACACAAAGAACCCAAACAGUAAUCUCACGGAGAAGAACUACAUUGAACAGCGAAGACGGCCUCCUGCCCGACGAUCAAGGCGAGUCACAACUCCCUGAAGCCGACUUUGACUCCUCUCGCCGCUUCGCCCCACUAGCAGCCUCAACCAGUUGCGGUAUCCAACGAAACCCUCUAUCUCCCUUCAUCGCACCAUCUCCCGUCAUGAAGGGGCCACCUAAACUCCGCUCCUCCCCCUCCGGCCUCACCCAAUUCUUCCAAUCCUCCCAAGACUCCCCCGACCUACCUAAUGGCCGAGUAUCGACCUAUAUCCCCAUCCACGAAUCCCAACAACGCCGAUCACGAACCCAAGCCGCGCCUAAAUCCAAGGACAAGGAACUCCCAGAAUCGGAUAGUUUCAUGGAUGACACGCCCGUAAGGAAGCGUGAUUUGUCAGAAGCGGAGCUCCGGAACAUGUUUGAAGCACUACGAGCGCCGAAGCCCGUUGCGAGGUUGGAUGAGCCGGUUACGGAUCCGGUUGGGCUAGAAGUUGAAGGAAGUGGGGCCGCGGUGGAUGUGGAUACGAUGGAUUCCUCCGCUCCUUCUCUGCGCUUCUCGAUUCAGGUGCCGGAAACUGUAAAGAAGCCAUCCCUACGACAACAAGCAUCGUUUAAGACUACCACGGACGACGAGAACACUAUCAUGAGUGCAUCGAUGGAUGAUACAACGAUGAUCCGGACGGAUGACCCCACGCAAGUACCUGUUAACUUGUCGCCUACCACACCGGCACUGCAUGCGCGAGGGAUGUUACAGGGUAUUACGCCGUUUACGAUCGAUAAGGGUAUUGAGCAGACCCCGUUUCUGGAUGAUACCCCGAGUUUGUUGCGAGGUGCUGGUGGUGGACGGGCGAGUUUUAUGGAUACCCCUGUUCCACCACCUAAACACCGUGCACUCGCACCGGCAGAUUCGUCCCCAAGCGACGGCAAAGACAAGGGCAGGUCGCAGUCCCGGACACCUUCGCCAGUACGAACCAGGAAAGACAGUUUGACAGUCCCCGCACAUAGAGCGGCAGACUUGAGCUUCGAUGUCCCUGAACCACCGCCGCUCGUCGGUGACGAUGAUGGGGAUGAAUCUUCCUCGCUUUCUGAAGCGGAGGAUAUGUCGUCGGAGGAGGAUCGAUCGGACGAGGAUGAGGAAGAGGAGGAGAAGGAGGUUACGCCUAUGCCGGCCACGAUGAGGAAACGGGCGAAUGUGGUUAUGUCACAAAUGUCGCAAGACGAGCCACAGUUGCCGGGGCCAAUACCAAAGCGAGGCGAAGAUCGUGCGCCACAGAAAGAGGCCAUGCCCACGCCUCCUGGCGUGGGAGAGGAAGAGGAAGCAUCACCGGUAGCUCUCGUUGUCUCGGGCCAGGCUCCCAGUCCGGUUCUGCAGCGGUAUUCACCUGUUACGGUCGGUACGAAGCGAAAGCGUCAACCCCAUCAAUCCAACACACUGGAGGUACCCUCCUCAGUCAUGGACGGCAGUCUCCAAAAUUCCCAUAACCGUCCACCUCUCCAGCCUGUUCAUCCUCAUCUGCCCCUAGCAGGUACGCCGAGUCCGCCUGUCCGAUCAACAAAGAGGCAGAGGACAACGAGUCGUAUCGUUAUGAGUAGCCAGCCAGAAGGCCCAGACGAGUCGGCGCCGAGAAGGGCAGCACCGGAAGCUUUGGCAAGGGUGGAGGAAGAAGAGGAAGUAUCGCGUGCAGACGAUACCACUGCUGCUGUGCAAGAAAUUGUCGAUAACGGACAGACGAGCCCUAGCCAAUCUGAAUCUUCACGAGGAUGGAGGGCCAGGGAUCGGUCGACGUCUGUUACCUCUACCCAGACUGCACCCAAAACGGACAUUCGACCUCAAUCGCAGGACCAUUCAACACGUGUGUUUGCCCUUUUCAGGGGUACCCCACGGAACUAUUACACCGGGACGGUGAUCCUGGACCAUCAGGUCGAAUGCAAACCUAACCAUGUCUGGAUCCGUUUCGAUGAUGAGAAUGAUGUUACGGGUACGGGGCCUUUGAUUGCCGUUGAGCAGCAUCAGGUUAAGCCGUUGGACAUGCAUGUCGGUGAUGUCGUGCGGUUAGACAUUGAGGUCCACGGGAAAGCGUUCUUUACAGUGGUAGGGUUGAAACGGGUGGAAACAAGCACGCCCAGGAGAGCAGAUGUCUCCGGAAACAACGUUGUCACCGUCAGACGUCACGAGAAGGAGAAGCCGUUCGACGUCCCAAUCGAGCGGGUCAUCCUCACCCCGAAGCUGUUCAAGCAGUUUCGGGACAGAACUCUGUCCACGCCUACUGUAAUGUCGCCUUACUCCACAGCUUCCACUCCACCGCGGAGACUUCCAUCGACUGGUCAUCAUCACGCACGCCGUAUGAGUCCCAUGGUUCAGCGAUUUACGACACAAGUCAGCACGUUGUUCAAAGGGUGUGUAUUCGCGCUUACAUUCUCCGGGGACGAUGCAGCCAGGGACGAAGUGACCCGAGAUAUCCGUCUUCACGGAGGCCGCAUCCUCGAGAUUGGUCUCGACGAGUUGUAUCACUCGUUAUCGGACGAUAAACCAAAGGCAGCAUUGGUGCCCCGAGCCGACAUCCAAGGCCACAAAUUCGCCUGUGUCAUCGCAGAUCGAUACUGCCGGAAAAUCAAAUACCUCCAAGCCCUUGCUUUAGGUCUUCCAUGCCUCAGCUUCCGCUUCAUCAAAGACUGCAUCAAAACUGGCGAAAAGAUGGAUUGGCAAACCUACCUCCUCCCAGCCGGAGACUCAGAUUACCUCCACGGAGCAUGUCGAUCCAUGCAAGUCGCACCUUUUAUCGACGGGAUCAAUCUUUUCGAACGGCUUACAGAAAAGCAUGGAUUGCUGGAUGACAAGUCCGUGCUCAUCGUUACGGGGAAGGGUAGGACGCAGGAAACGAGGAAAGUGUAUAAGUUCUUGACGUAUGCGAUGGGCGCUGCGAAGGUGGAUAAAGCUCCUGAUCCGGAGACAGUUGGUGCGCAUUUACGACGGAAAGCGGCGAAGGGAUGGGAUUAUAUCAUUGUGGGGAAAGAGGAUGAAGCGAGUAAGAUUAAGAAGAUGGCUGGACUUGGGGACGAGAAGGAAAAGGGGAAGGAGGGGAACAGGGUUGUUGAGGUGGAGUGGUUGGUGCAGAGUUUGAUUUUGGGGAGGUUGAUUUGAGGGGAGGGGAUUGGGCAUUUAAUGGAACUGGCGUUUUCUCUUUUUUGUUGCGGUCUGGUUGUGGAGAUCGCACGUGCAUGGUUAUAGGAU